AUGAAAAUCAUCAAAAUUUUACUACUCCUUUGCAUUGUCUCUUCAGUGUUCACACAACUUACUUAAGGUGCUCAAUAACCUGGCCAAGGUAUGAUCUUUAAAUUUAUAGUAUUUUAGUACCCUCUGGAAGCUCAGGUCCCACAUAAGGUGCCCCUACUGGCCAAUAAGGAUAAUAAAAUACAUCCGGUAUCUAAUUAUAUCUUAUCAUUUUUAGGCGGCUAACCAUAAGGUGGUAUGUAACAAGGUGGCUAACAAGGUGGUAUGCAACAAGGUGGUCAAUAAGGUGGAUAAUAAGGCGGAUAAUAAGGCGGAUAAUAAGGUGGUCCAUAAACUGGAGGAAAAGCCAAGAAAUGCUUACCAACCUAAGCACAAUAAGGAUAACAAUAAUAAUAAGGACAAUAAUAAGGAUAAUAAUAGGGUUAAUAAUAAGGACAGUAAUAACCAACUCAAUAAACCCUUCCUGGAAAUCAACUUCCAGAUUAAUAAGUGUAAUAAUAACCAUCAAGUGGAACUUAACAACCACCAAGUGGAACCUAACAACCACCAAGCGGAACCUAACAACCAUCAAGUGGAACUUAAUAACCACCAAGUGGAACUUAAUAACCAGGUGGAACUUAACAACCAGGUGGAACUUAAUAACCAGGUGGAACUUAAUAACCAGGUGGAACUUAACAACCAGGUGGAACUUAACAACCAGGUGGAACUUAACAACCAGGUGGAACUUAAUAACCAGGUGGAACUUAAUAACCAGGUGGAACUUAACAACCAGGUGGAACUUAACAACCAGGUGGAACUUAACAACCAGGUGGAACUUAAUAACCAGGUGGAACUUAAUAACCAGGUGGAACUUAACAACCAGGUGGAACUUAACAACCAGGUGGAACUUAACAACCAGGUGGAACUUAAUAACCAGGUGGAACUUAAUAACCAGGUGGAACUUAACAACCAGGUGGAACUUAACAACCAGGUGGAACUUAACAACCAGGUGGAACUUAAUAACCAGGUGGAACUUAAUAACCAGGUGGAACUUAACAACCAGGUGGAACUUAACAACCAGGUGGAACUUAACAACCAGGUGGAACUUAAUAACCAGGUGGAACUUAAUAACCAGGUGGAACUUAACAACCAGGUGGAACUUAACAACCAGGUGGAACUUAACAACCAGGUGGAACUUAAUAACCAGGUGGAACUUAAUAACCAGGUGGAACUUAACAACCAGGUGGAACUUAACAACCAGGUGGAACUUAACAACCAGGUGGAACUUAAUAACCAGGUGGAACUUAAUAACCAGGUGGAACUUAACAACCAGGUGGAACUUAACAACCAGGUGGAACUUAACAACCAGGUGGAACUUAAUAACCAGGUGGAACUUAAUAACCAGGUGGAUAAUUUCCUGGCUAAUAAGGUGGUUAACAAGGUGGUUAACAAGGUGGUCAAUAAGGUGGUCAAUAAGGUGGAUAAUAAGGUGGAUAAUUCCCUGGUGGAUAAUAAGGUGGAUAAUAAGGUGGAUAAUAAGGUGGAUAAGGACAAGGAUAAGGUUAAUAACCUUAAGGACCUCCUUAAUCAAAAGGAUAAUGGAAUUAAGAUUCAGAACAACAAGAAAAAUGUGUUGAAGUUGAAGUUAGUUGUGCUGAAAAUGAAAUAGUUUUCAAAGAUAGAUGUGUAGCUUAAACAUGUGAAAACUUAGAAAAAGUUUAAAGCAAAUAAGAAGGUGGAAAAAAGAAGUUACCAAUGAAAUUUGAAGGAAAAGCUGACUUUAAUGAUAAUAAAGAUGUUGUUGUAUAAUUGGUAUUCCCUGAUAACAAAGAUAAACCUCUUAUUAAAUCUGAUGGAAAUGCCAAUGCUUGUAUCGAAAGAUCAAUAUACAGAUAUAGACCAAGUUUCUUAAGUGAAACUUUAGAUGAUUCAACUGUUACAAGCAGUUAUGAUGAUGAUAAAUAAGUAAGAAUUUGGGAAUUCACAAUAUUGAAUGCUGACAUUGAUAGUAAAUUAUUCAAAGAUGAAUAAACCGAUAAGGUUGUUUAUACUGGUUACUAUUCAGUGAAAUUAACAAUUUAAGAGAAGAAAUUAGUUUAAUUCUUCUUUACAUUCUUUGUAGCAGUAGACUUAGAUGGAAAUGUUUUAUCAGCUCAAGCUUAAUCUGAAGCUUAAGAUGAUACUCCAGCUUGUGCAACUGAAGAUAAUUGUGUUUCAAGAGCAGAAACUGAAGUAGGAUUUUGUAGUGAUGAAACCUGUUAAACUCUUGUUGAAUAGCCAUAAGUUUAUGCUGGUUAAAAUUUCUUUGUUGUUCAAAGAGUAAAAUAAACUGGAUUUGAAUCAUGGAAAGUAGGAGAUGCUGAUGUUACCAUUACUGGUGAUGGAGUGAAUAAAAAAUUGAAACCAACUAAAUAAGAAAAAUAACCAGGAUAAACAAUUUAUACAUUAAAUGUUAAUAUUCUUGCUAAUAAUGUUGAAUUCUCAGUCAAUGGUAAACUUGAAGAUCCAACUGCAGCUCGUAGAUUCAGAUUUUUAGAAGAUGCUGCCACUACUGAUGGCACUGAAGUCUCAUCUGCUAAAGCUGUUGGUUCAACUACUUUAGAAUGCAUUAAGAAGGAUGCCAAUUCUUCAUGCCCAACCGCUGAAGAAUCUAAAGCAUAUAAUUAACCAGAUUGUGGAACUAUUGGAUAAACCGAAUGUGAAAGCAGUAAUGGACAAAUCUGGUCAUUUUUGAUGUUUGCCAUCUUAAUGCUAGUACAAUGAUUAAUUAUUUACAUCAUAAAGCAC